GGUCCAUCCUUUACAUUAUGGCCUGCAUUUUGGAUUGUCGGGUAUCGUUUUAAUGUCCCUGCUGAGGACUAGAACAUAUACUAUCGCACCACAUAUUUGGCGCAUUUUAUAGAUUUGGAAAGAAAAUACGAGCUGCUAACAUACUCGGUUCCACAAGACAUUACAGCUCAGUGGUGGUCGCGAGGGUGAGGCAGUAUCAGUAGGGAGAGGCCGUGAGUACGAAAUUAGGGAAGGGAGUGGGAGGUCUUCCACCUUCUCAGCCUUAACAGCAAGCAGUGUACUGUCGACAGCAUUGGACUAAAACUCCAGCCCAAGGUUCCUAAACGCUAUCUGGCUGUUAAGUGCAGCCCGCUCGGGAUAAGGCCAGGGACCCGCCGUGGCAGACGUUGGCAUUGCGCUUUUGCGGCACCGGUAUGGUUUAUGAUGUGGAACAGUAUGUGAGCAAGCCACAUUCACAUGCUCUCCAUAAAUGGGGACAAUAGGAAAUCAUUAUCAUAUUGUGCAUCUUAGCUAGUUAGCCACCAAGCCAUCUAAUGCGCCGUUUUGUGGCAGAUUAAAGAAACUACUGCCCAUAUUCGUGUCAAGGUAUAUUUACUGUCUGUGUAGGAUUUGGCAUAAGGCUCCUUAUCGUGAGCGAGCAUGAAGGGGCGUUGUGGAUUUAGCCAACUUUGCUAGCUAGCUUACUCAGUCCAAGACUUCUGUAUUUUAACCAGAUUUGUGUUGUUUUAACUUCUUGUAUGUUUUCCAACUGUUAAGCAUACGUGUUAACAUUUUAACUGAGGUUCACUUGUUAGUUUGCAGAGGAGUGUUUUCAAGGUUUGCUUGAUUUAAUGUUGUCAAAGGAAAAACAAUCUAGCUAGCCAGCUAAGUAGCCCAGGUCAAGCUCGUGCACCCUAAUGAAGGAGUACAAAGUGGUUGUGUUGGGAAGCGGAGGCGUUGGCAAGUCCGCGCUGACUGUCCAGUUUGUCACGGGCACGUUCAUCGAAAAAUAUGACCCUACAAUUGAGGACUUCUAUCGGAAAGAGAUUGAAGUGGACUCGUCGCCUUCGGUGUUGGAGAUCCUUGACACGGCAGGGACAGAACAGUUCGCCUCCAUGAGAGACCUGUACAUCAAGAACGGCCAGGGUUUCAUACUUGUCUACAGUCUCGUCAAUCAACAGUCUUUUCAGGACAUCAGGCCGAUGCGAGACCAGAUCGUGCGGGUCAAGCGCUUUGAGAAGGUGCCACUGAUCCUGGUGGGCAACAAGGUGGACCUGGAGUCUGAGAGGGAGGUUGCCGGUGCAGACGGUCGGGCCCUGGCUCAGGAGUGGGGCUGCCCCUUCAUCGAGACCUCAGCCAAGAGCAAGACCAUGGUGGACGAGCUGUUUGCUGAGAUCGUCCGUCAGAUGAACUAUGCCACACUGCCAGAGAAACAGGAGCAGUGCUGCACGGCCUGUGUGGUGCAGUAAAGGAGUAGGGGGACACUGUCCUCUCCACAACUCUCUCCCAGUUCCUGCUUUGAUGACCUAUGACCCCAGGAACCACUUCAGCUCCAUCACACCUUCUGACCUCUCCAGCUGGCAGUAUUACCUACCAGAGGGCAGAUUCUUGUCUGUUCAUGAGCCAAUUCAAGGGAGUCUUGAGCCUGCCCAACCUUUGUUAUCUUGAGUGUGGAAUACAUUCACCUACAGACUCACUGGCCUUCAUGGUUUAGGCCCAGGGAAAACCUACUUUUCAAUGUAUAGGACAGAUUUAUGAGGAUGAAGGGUUGUCUAUGGAUUUCUAUUUUCUCAUUUGGGGUUGGGGAGUGCUGGGGCAAUGAGCAGUGAUCUGCUCGGGACCACAGCGUCCCUUUUUGAAGCUGCUCAGUCAUUAUAUCCCCUAGUUUUACUUUGUACUGGAAUUGGUUUGUUAAAUCUGAUAUCUCAUUUUGACGUGAUAACAGCCAUUGUACAGGUUUGGGCCUCGGGACAGAAUUCAAUCAAACCGUGGUAAAUAUAUGAUUGCUGUGCUCUACAGCAGUGUUUACCAAAUCACCUGAUUUUCAAGUUGUUAGCUAGGUUUCCGACCAAUUGGCGACAGAUUUUCAUAAACGGACUUGUUGCAGGUAGAAAUCACUGCGUGAUGACGUAGUACACACAAUGUACUUUUUUGCAACCGUUUUCAUGUAUGGAAUAAAAAUCUAAAGUUCAA